AUGCAAGGGGACCAAUCGAAGGAGAUGGUCGUUCUCGUCACUGGAGGCACAGGAUUAGUCGGCAAAGGAAUUGAACAGGUGGUGAAUGCUGAGAAGCGGCCGAACGAAAAAUGGGUGUUCAUCAGCAGCAAAGAUUGCGAUCUUUCGAAUCUCCAGGCCACCAGGAGGUUAUUCGAGGAUGUGAGACCGACUCAUGUGAUCCAUUUGGCGGCUAUGGUUGGAGGGCUCUUCCAUAAUCUUGCCCACAAUUUGGAGUUUUUCAGGAAGAACAUGGCUAUAAACGACAAUGUACUUGCGAUGUGUCACGAGUUUAAUGUCGUCAAAUGUGUCUCAUGUUUAUCUACAUGUAUUUUUCCCGACGCUACGACCUACCCAAUUGAUGAAACAAUGGUUCACUUGGGUCCACCUCAUGAUUCCAACUUUGGAUACUCUUAUGCUAAACGUAUGAUCGACGUGCUGAACCGUGGAUAUGCACAGGAUUACGGUAGAAAGUAUACAUCGGUCAUUCCAUGCAAUGUAUUCGGACCGCAUGAUAAUUAUAACCUGCAAUCGGGACAUGUUUUACCCGCUCUGAUUCAUAAGACCUAUGUGGCGAAAAAAGAAGGGAAACCUCUCGAGGUCUUCGGAACGGGUAAACCACUUCGUCAGUUCAUCUAUUCGCUUGAUUUGGCUCGACUAUUUGUUUGGGUUUUGAGAAACUAUGAGGAAGUGGACCCGAUUAUUCUUUCUGUCUCUGAGGAAGAUGAGGUAUCGAUUGCCGAUGCUGUUAAAGCUAUAGUGAAAGCGUUCGAUUUCAAGGGUGAGGUGAAGUUUGACACGACCAAAGCCGAUGGCCAGUUCAAGAAGACAGCGUCAAAUGCAAAACUGAAAAAAUAUUUGCCUGAUUUCCGUUUUACUCCCUUCGAAGAAGCUAUCAAAGCCUCCGUGGAUUGGUUCGUCCAGAACCAUGACUCAGCUCGGCUUUGA